GGUUGCUAUCUUGUAAUGUUGUGGUUUGAUCAGUUCAACAAACACUUCAACUCAAAGACACUCGCUCCAUUCCCUAUUCUCUAUAUCAUUUCAUUAAAACUUCACAAUGAAGCCCGUUCUCGCUUUGACAAUCUGCCUCAGCGGCAUCAUGGGCGCUGAAGCCUGGGUUCUUCCCCCCGGUGGUGCACCCAAGGCUGGCUAUGCUCUUCGCCCAGAGGAUAAGUCUGGUAACAAGAACGCCGCCGACACCAAGAUCAAGUUCUCACCUGGUGGCUCUUCAUCUUCAAAGUCAAAGUCAAACGGUGUCGUCGCUGGCUUCAUCAAUCCCAAGACCGGCGGUUCAAAGCGCAGUGGCAUCGACAGGCGCGAUGACGGUGAUGACGACAGUUCUGAUGAUGGUGCUGAAGGUGAUCCCGAAGUCACCAUCUUCACUCGCCCAGCCACCAGAAUCGGCACUCUCAAGAAGGGAGAAACCUCUGGCAACGAUGAUGAUGGUGGUGAUGAUGAGACCAAGUACUUCAAGACCAACAACAAGAAGCAAAACGGCAAGAACAAGGACGACAAGACCAAGACCAAGAAAGAAGACAGCACCAAAACAAAGACCAGCGACGACGCUACCAAGACAAAGUCCAAGCAGGACGACGAUAAGAACACCACCAAGACCAAGAAGGAGGAUUCAACCAAGACAAAGAGUAGUGAUGAUGCGACCAAGAGCCCUGAGGUGAAGGAUGAUAAGAAGAAGGGCUCCAAGGACGACAAGAAAGCUGACGAUAAAAAGUCUGGCUCAAAAGGUAGCGAUGACAAGAAGUCCAAGAGCACAUAA